CUACUACUACUACCCAACAGCCUCCGUUGCGUGUUGCAUGGGGACUCUCUGUCCAUUUCGCUUGGGGAUGAUGACCCCAGAUUUGCCCUCUGCUCCCUUGUUCUACUGAUGACUUCCCAGUGAACUCGUCUCUUCCCUCGGCACUCCCCCCCUCUCUCACCGCGCGAUAGACAUACCCCAUUUCCCCACGCAUGGGCACUGGUGCCAUUCGAUUUGCAGUUCACCCCAGUUCCGGCGCAAUCUUCUUGGCUUAGCCAGACAUGUCUAUGCUCCAGCCGGCCACCCCAGCCGCUUCUGCCUCAAUAUCCGCCGUUCAGUCCCUGAACACGACUCCGACAAUCGCCGCUCAUUCCUCCCUGUCCUCGUCGUCUCGCGAACUACUGUCUCUACCACUCCGUGGACUUCACCAGGCAGAGGCCUUUACAUUCUCGACCUUGCCGAGACAAGUUGCCAGAUUAGUUGGAUUGCAGGAUAUGGCGACACGUUUUUGGAGCACAUCUUCUGGUACGGGGCUAGAGACUGAUGCAGUGGUACUGGCAACGCAGACAGCAGCUGACGCUGCAAGAGAGGGCGUGGUGGAUGCAGCUGCCCAGGCCGAAUCCAGCCUCCAUUUCUCCGACAUCUUACAGGCUGUUAUGAAGUUCAGUGGCUUCUUUUCGUACCUGACGAGUCGGUGGUCUUUGGCUUGCUUUACCGUGGCACUUGUUCUGAACAGAAUUACUAUCUAUGCCUCUACCCGUCGACAACUCAAUUUAAACUGGACCAGGCGAUUGGCUCUGCGCAUUGUCCCUAUUGUCCUGUUUAUCUCUCAGAUCCAUUCCCUUCUUCGUACUAUUCGAUGUCAGACGUCUCCCGAGUACUCAACCAUACGCUACGGCACGCCAGGAAAGCGUUUAUUAUUUGAUUAUGCUGGAGGCGGCGGUUUUCUAUAUUCUCUGAGCUCCACGCUUUUGUCGUGGGAAACGGAUGAGCAGUCUUGCGGUGCAGUGCAUAUGGGUCGUCCUACAAAUGCCUCGGAUAUCUCAUAUGGCUCUUUCCGGUUGCUUUGGCCAGUCUUCAUACGACUAUGCAUCAGCCACUUUGUGGAGACUCUUUCUUGCGCUCUCCAGGGAAGGGCGGUUGUCUCAGAAGUCGGCAUGUCGAUUUUUGAACACUCGCUUGCAUUUGCCGAAGCAGAGUCUACGAUCAGCCAAUCCCUCGGUCUUGGUAUUUUUGGAUUAUCCAAGCAAAGCAGUGGAAAGGAUAUUCCUGGGGAGAAUGGGCAGUCUGCUCUCCAUCUACUAAGCAGAGGGCAGGCCUUGGAACGAAUGAACGUGACACCCGAAUUGCUGCUUAUUGCCUUGAUAUCGUGUUGCAACAGUCUGACUUCAAACGUUCUCGAUGUCAUCGGCAAACAGAGUCGUUACCGCUUGGUAAACACCGCAUUUUGGGGGCUCUGCUUCAUGUCAGCUAUGGCCUGGGGCUUGUUUAGCGGUUCGUCAGUCGGAAGCGACAGUGUCGUUCUCAAAUUCCCAACCGUCUGCAUUGUAGGGUUUGUGCCGCAUCUUUUGAUACUGUUAGGCAUUGUCGCCUGUGUCGGUAUAUAUGGACUUGCACUGGUUAUUACAGCAUUUUCUCUUCCAACGCAGACUCCGGGACCCUUAACGCUCCGCGAAAGGUUUUCCCUAGCUCACGAGAAUAUGCAAGGUGCCAAACAAAUCCAGAGCAUUCGCCUCAAUUGGCACGAUGACUUCUACACCACAUUGCUCAGAAUCGGUUACACUGCUCUGACGGCUGCCAGCGAGGCUGUUUUUCUCAAUGAGGGUAGACGGGUUGUCGCACGCAGAAUGACUUGGUUGGAACGUGAUAGACUGAUGGAAAUCGAGUCUCUCAGGCGCAAGCAAUCAUCGCGGCAGCAUCAUGGCGAUUUCUCCGAAGAUACGCUUUCUGAAAGUGGGGAAUUGAUGAACUUUGAUAUUCCCGAAUCGUCUUUGGAAUGGGAAAGCGGAUAUUCCCGCGAAAAGAAAAUCGAAAAGCCCAAGAAUGGUUCUAGAUCGGUUCGCCCCCAGACUGACCCAGGCGGUGUGGGUGCGUUCAGGGGCGUAGUUCGAUGCUACCACGGGUUUGCCUUCUUUCGUGGCAUCUUUUAUCUCGUCCUGAAGUGGAUUGCCUAUGGUGUCGACAGGAUUCUAUGUCGGGUUGGUAUUAACGCUCGCCCACAGUGGUUGAAGGCUAUUAUAGGAUCCCACAAGAAGGAAUCACAGAGGAAAAGAGAAGGCAACCGCUUGGAGUCAUUAGACUUUUGGAUUUUGUCGGACGACGGAGUCCUACAACUCCCCGACAACCAUGAGUUUGACGUAGAACAAGAAAUGAGAAAGAGAGAAAAGACUCAGGCCACUGGUUGGGAGGAAUCGGAUGAACGUCGGCUGGACGAUAAGCUCUACGGUUGGUGGAAAGCGGGUGGCUCAUGGGGCAACCAGGACCAGAGUUCCGAUUAUGCACCGUCUGCUUACGACGGGGAAGACACGACGAGUGUCAUAUCCAUGUCGACGACGAGCGAUUCCGAAUGGGAAGGGUACGAAUCAGACGGUCGUCGGACUCCCACUCAAGAAGAUCCCUUUCCGGGUCGUUUCUCCCGAGAAAGCACUCCGGUGCAAGAAUCGCUAGUGGAUAUCGGUUCCUUGACACGUCUAUUGGACCCGCGUGACCGGGAAAGCAGACAUGAAGCGCGCAUAUUAGCCGCACACCUUGCUGCCGGUCGUGAUGGCCGCAUAUUGACUCGUCGUCAGUUUCAGAAGCAAGUGGAGCACGAGCGAGCACAAAUCCUGCUCACCUCGCGGUUCGCGCAAUCUAACCAGAGGCGAUCAAAUGAUGAGAAACGCAGACCUACCCUCCAUGAAGAAUCAGAGAUUCUUGAGAAGCUUAUCCUUUCUCGAAGAUCUGAAAUGCUCUCCUUCUCGUCCGCAAACGCACAGACUUGGGAAUCCGGCGCCUCUGGCCUCGGACCCAGCGGCCCACCCUGUGUUAUCUGCCAGACUAACCCACGAUCCAUUAUCACAUGGCCAUGCCGAUGUCUCUGCAUCUGUGAAGACUGUCGUGUCAGUUUAGCGAUGAAUAAUUUCGGAAGCUGUGUGACAUGUCGUCAAGAAGUCGGAGGUUAUGUCCGGUUAUGGGUGCCCUAGACUUGAGUUUUCUCUACGAGACUCCUUUGUUUUAUUUCACAUCCUGGUUUCUGUCUUGUUGGGGUCUUCAGUUAGCAUAUUAGCGUAAUUUGAACACAUAGGAUUAGAGAUAUUGAACAUACAUACUUUUUCUUUGGGAUAUAGGGC